AUGGAGAAAACGCGAAUCUGCAAGAUCUGCAACAGACGGUUUGCUAAUGGCAAAGCCAUGGGUGGCCAUAUGAGAUCUCACCUAGCUAAACUACCCCUUCCUCCAAAACCAAUCCCACCCCAAGAAACUUACAACUCUCAACAAAAAACACUACCAUCAUCUUCUUCGUUAAACUACGAUUUACUAAGUGAUAAGCCCAUGCAAUAUUCCUCUCGAUCUAUGAAACAGGAAGUCUCCACUGUUUCAAAAACUAAUCUAGCUACUCCUUGUGAUAUUGGAGAAAGUGAGGCGGAGUCAACAAGGAAACCCACUCGGAGAAGAUCCAAAAGGAGCCGUAAAUCAGCUGAUAAAGUGAUUGAAUCAAUAGCGAAAGUGACCGAGUCAUCGGAGCAGGUAAGUUCCAUAGCUUAUAUAAUUGCUGAGGAAGAUGUUGCUUUGUGUCUUUUGAUGCUUUCAAGGGAUAAAUGGCCAGAAGAUGCUAAACAAAUUAAAAAAGAAGUGCGUGAAUACAUAGAGGACCAUCAUUACGUGGAUAAGGUUGAGAGCGAAAACGAGGAAGAGGAUGAUUUGUUCAGUGUCAACACUCAUGCCAAAUACAAAUCUCAAGGAAAAUAUAAAUGUGAAACCUGUAAAAAGGGAUUCCGAUCUUAUCAAGCUUUAGGUGGGCAUAGAGCUAGUCAUAAGAAAAUGAAAAUAAAUGAAGAGGAUGAAGAAGACAGUGGUAGAGGCUGUGGCGAUAACAAUGGGCAAAGAAUUUUUAAGUGCCCAUUUUGUGAAAAAGCGUUUGAUUCUGGCCAAGCAUUCGGUGGACACAAGAAAGUGCAUUUCUCUUACUUGCCUGUGACUAAUGCUAAAAUUUCUAAUGAUUUGUUAGAUCUCAAUUUACCAGCUCCUGAAGGUACUCAUGAUGAUGGUGAAGUUAGUGACGUUUGA